CGCUUCCGGUAAAGGGGAGCUGUGGCUGGGCUUGCUGGGAUCAUGGCGGAGAAUCACUGCGAGCUUCUACAGCCGGCUCCAGGCGGUUUCGGGGCGGGGUUGGGGGGCGGCUUGUGCCGCCGCUGCAGCGUGGGGCUCGGCGCCCUGGCCCAGCGCCCCGGAAGCGUGUCCAAGUGGGUCCGGCUCAACGUCGGCGGCACGUAUUUUCUCACCACCCGGCAGACGCUGUGCCGGGAUCCGAAAUCUUUCCUGUACCGUUUGUGCCAGGCCGACCCCGACCUGGACUCGGAUAAGGAUGAAACAGGUGCCUAUUUAAUCGACAGAGAUCCCACCUAUUUUGGGCCUGUGCUGAAUUACCUGAGACAUGGAAAGCUGGUCAUUAACAAAGACCUUGCAGAGGAAGGAGUGUUGGAGGAAGCGGAAUUUUACAAUAUCACCUCACUAAUAAAACUUGUAAAGGACAAAAUUAGAGAACGAGACAGCAAAACAUCACAGGUGCCAGUGAAGCAUGUUUACCGUGUACUUCAGUGUCAGGAGGAGGAGCUCACGCAGAUGGUGUCCACCAUGUCCGAUGGCUGGAAGUUUGAGCAGCUGGUCAGCAUUGGCUCUUCCUACAACUAUGGGAGUGAAGACCAGGCCGAGUUCCUCUGUGUGGUCUCCAAGGAGCUGCACAACUCCCCGUACGGCACUACCAGUGAGCCCAGCGAGAAAGCCAAGAUUUUGCAAGAACGAGGUUCAAGGAUGUGAGGAGCACAGUGCUGACAGCUGACGAAACGUUUUACUUUUCCCAAGAUGAAAUGAACCGCCAUGUCGAGGAAGCUUGGCCGUGAGAAGAAACCUGCUUUUGACAAUUUUCUAUAGAGAUCUGGGUGUGAAUCCUUUUUUGCCUCUGAGGUGGGUGGUGAGAGACGUGACCAGCUGUCCAAGGCCGGGCAUCCGCAUCCCCCACUAGGAGGAGGUGUGCUGGCCAGGCGGGCGUUGCUAUGGGAGCCUUCGCUCGAUUUUUUCCAAGUGCCACACAGGCCCGAGGAAGGAUGCUCCUGACCAACCCCUUUAAUCACCGAAGAUCAUUCAGAGGACAGCGUUCUUGGUGCUACACAAACAGUCUGUAACGGAGCCUGGGCCUUGCUGGUAGCAAGUGGUCGCAGGGCUGUGGCCCCGGGCUCUGGGUGUCUGCCGAUCACCCACACCGCACCAGGCCCUGGUUCUCCGGUCAGAGAGUCAUGCCUAGGUAUGAUUGAGUUCUCACAGCCUUGGGCAGCUUUUGACAGAGGUGGCCUCUGUAUGUUCACUACUUCCUGGACCCCCACCCCAAGGCUGGGCCUCCUUCAGAGCCAUGUUCCCCUGGCCUGACCUGGCCUGGAACGGUCAAGUCGUCUUCACUUGUAUUUUCCAGGCAAGAGACCUUUGCAUCUCUUAUUUCCAGUGUGGAUAGACUUCCCAAUGUUUUUACUUUUUAGAAACGCCUAAAAGUGUUGCUGCAUUUUGGAUUGAUCUGUUAAGUCCUUUAAAGGGAGGGAGAAAUUUUGUGUUGUUCCUCCCACCCAUGGGCUCUUGGAGGAGCUGGCGCUCGUCAGUGCCUUUGUCUCGCCUGGGAUGGAGGUCAGGCGGGAGGCCUGUCCACCUGGCUUCUGGAGCUGAAAUUCCGGGUCAUGUUGAAAAUUGGAUGUUUACAGCGCAUCACAAAUAUUUCUCUUUCUUGCCGGCUCUUUCAUUUUCUUUGUAUAACUAUGCAGUUCUCUGAUAUUUCUGGGAUGUUUGAGACUCCACACAUGGGCUCUGCCCACCUUACAUGACAUUGGAACUACAAGGAUUCCUCUAAAACCUGCUAUCCACAUGCUUUGAGAACAGACCUUUCUGAGCUGGUCGUGGAAACAGCCUGGGGGACCUGGCUCGGACAGGCAGCUCUCUGCUUCCUGACCUAGGGCUUCCCCGGAAGCUGUGCACACCGACACCGGGGCUGCUGACAUGUCGGGCAGAGGCUCUGGCACGUCUAGUUUCAAAUGCUUCCGGAGGCAUCUCACCUGUGCCCUCUUCUCCUUUGCCAAUAAAUAACCUGAUUAACCAAGUUCUCCAGCACCUAGGACUUACCUACUCCUUUUUGUAAGGUCUGUUGUAUGUUGUUAAAUGUUUGGCUUCAACCAUUUAUAGCGACCUUUCUAUAGGGCAUAUUUAGCCCCUGGUGACCCGAUCUCCUCAUGGAGCCUGGGGAGGAGGGCGGCCUUGUGGGCCUCAGGGUAUACCUGUGGGGCACUGCUGGCCGCUUAUUGUUGUUUAAUUUGUGACCUUGACAUCAUAGAUAGGAUUUUUUUUUUAAUUUAAAGAUAUUAAGACUUAAUUCACUAAAAUUUAUUCUAAGGGGAUAUUUAUACUUUUAUACUUUUUUAGGUAUCGUAUUUUAUCAGCUGACAGUUUAAUGCCUAAGUUUCCCCUAAAAAUAGCAAAUAAAAUUGUGUAUUUAUGAAUGAGCAGAGCAACUGUUAAUAUCUUAAAAUGCAUGGAAAAGCUCUUGGCAACACUGGGCAUGGUUAGUGGCCAGGGUGGAGCUGGGCCAUCCACCUGUCCAUUACUGUCCAGCCUGGGGACUGGCUAGGGGGUUAGUGCAGCACAUGUCCGGGGACAAGAUCAUCUGUGAGUGACUUAUUUUAAAGUGCUGAUGUCUCAUCAAGUUUGGCGUGCCCACCUGUCUUGUCUCUUACUCUGGCCAGUAACACCAGCUUCAAAUUCCUUCACGUCCUUGGGCACUGCGAGCCUCCCACCCCCAAUGCCACCCUCCCCACAGUCGCUCCGGCUCCCACUGGUGGCUGCUGUGCGACAGCGCCUGGGGUGCUCUCCACGCUUUAGGGAAAUUCCUGUGUCCCUGGAGAGCUCUGGCAUCCUGAGGCUGUCUAGGAUGUCCUCGAUCACAAGGUUUUGGAGUCUCCGGCAUUCCAAACUUCCAGCCUCUCAGGAGUGUCUGUCCUGUUUCCAGGUGUGGGGCCGGCCUGGCCAGGGGCCCCAGGGCCCUGGGUGGGGACCUGUUCUGCCUGCCCAGGCUGGGGGUAGGAACUGCCUGCCUGGGGGCUGGGCUCUUCCAUAGCUCCAUGUACAGCCCGGGGCACAUGGCAAAGGACUCCAAGUUCUGCUCUGAGGAGUUUGCUUUCUGAACAGACUAAACUUGGCAUCCCGCAGCUCCCUGAUGUCAACAGCAAACCUGGACAUGCCUCUAGGUCCCUCUGCCAGGUGGGUACUUGGGAGAGGUUCCAGAGUAUCUUGGGUAUCUCUGUCAAAGUCCUCAGAUUGUCUUCUGUUUGAGCCAAGGACUGGAAAGGAAACAGCCAUCUAAUCUGGGUCCUGAGGUUGAUGAGGGAGCCCUGCCCCUUGGUCCUCAUCCUCCAAGCAUAGCCUGCCUGCCAUGGGGGUGUGUGAGGAGGGGCAGGUGACAGCUUUCGGGGCAGCCUCGGGGCCACCAGCCCUGUAGCUCCAGGAAGCCAGAGGACAGGACAGGAGGGCAAGGCGGGUGCUUGGUGUGUGCAGGCUCCCUUCGAGGAUCCCCAGCUGCUGGGCCUCCUGCAGAGCCCAUGUCUGGAACCUUCCAGGGCUCUGCACAGGGGCAGGCACCACCCCUUGACCCCUUGCUUUGCCCCUCCUCUCCCCUGUGUUUACUUGUGUCCAACCAACAGGUGCUUCUGGCAUCUUUUGUCUUGCCCUGAGCUGGUGGCAAUGGCUGGCGGCUGCCCUGUUACCCACUGGUCACUGAGCCCUAUGGAGGCAAUAAAGAGUUGAGCCUAUAGGGCAGCUAUUAGUCCCACGGAGCCUGUGGCAGGCCUGUGGGUGCUGAGGCCCAGGUGCGCCUUCAGCGGAAGCAGCUCCACUCUGGCACCUUUGGAGCGAGCUGUGCUUCCCUGAGACAGACUAAAACUCUGACACAUGCACAACCCGGUGGAAGAGGUGAGGCCCUGGCUUUAGGGGCUUUGAUUCGCAUCCCCUCUUGUCUUCCCUGUCCAUGCCUCCUGAGCACCUGAGCUCUUGGUGGUGGCACAGACCUAGGACUCUGCUCGAGGCACACAGUCAGGCAUCCUGCUACAUCAGAGCCAUGGCUGACCUCUGGUCCUUGAGGCCAGAAGGGGUCUGGGGUAUUGGCCCAGCAGUUUUCCUUCCUGGGGCUCCUGUGGGCUGGUCAUAAUGCUUAUGUGUGCAUGCCCAUGUGUGGGUGUGGGUGCAUAUCUGGGAUUUCUGGGCUUGGUUGUGGCCCACAGGAGGGGUAUCUGGUCCCCCAACUCUUGCUUCACCUAUAAGCUGAUGUGGUUCCUGCCCUGGGUUGGGCCUGCUCCCCUCUGCCCCCUGUGGAGCAGCAGACAGUCUCCGGUUCUCCAAAGUGUUCUUCCUGCUACUGACCUAGACCUGGUACUGCCACCCACCCUGGCAGAUGGCUCUUGAGGUACUGCUUGGAGACAGUGUGGAAAGUUGUGUCAGAGCCACAUCCCUGCCAAGGGUGGGAAAGGGGACUGGUGACAGAUGGGGGCAUGUCUCUCCUUAACCUCUGUUCACAGCACUAAGGGUGCCGUGAACUGAAAGGUAUGAAAUAAACCUGCUUUCUCUUUUCA